AUGACCCUACCGAAGUACCAAGUCAUCAUAACUUCGGGCGACGAGCACGAAGCACAGGCACGCAAGCGACGUGCGAUAUACAUUCGCCCUUUUGUCGUGUUCUGGGUCAAUUCAAUGAUUGCCGAGAUCGUGUUCCUUCUGGUUGCGACGAUCUUCUUUUCCGGCUGGCGUGAGAUGAUCUACAAGGUCAUUUGGACCUUAAUUAUAUGCCCUCUGGGGAUGGGUGGCGCGAUGGGAGGUCUCACCACUUUCUUCCUGGUAGACCAUUACUAUGGCAAAAAGGCCGUGUGGUUUACCGCCGUGCUCACUCUCCUGGUGCUGGGAAGCUGCAACUAUCUUUGCUUCAGCCUCGAUCAUUACUUUCACUACUUUGGCGCCGCCUCUCACCCCCUCUGGUUUCAUUGGAGAUAUCCCGCUAUCUUCAUGUCUGGCUGGUCGAGUGGGAAGAUGCUAUUUACCGACGAAGGCCAGGAGAAGUUGGCUUGUCUCGGGCUUUGA